AUGGGGCCCCUGCCGGCUCCCCAGCUUUGCCUGUUUGCAGUGCCGCUCACCGGUCUUCAACCUCCCUGCCACCUACCACGCACCGCUGACCUUCUCGCCUAUGGCCCAGCAACUCCUGCACUGCCUGUGGCCCCCACCGCCAUCGCUCCACUCCCCGGGCACCGUCUACAGCGCCGCCCUGCUCCCCGACCGCCGCCUGCAACGCUGCCCCGCUCCCCGAUCACUUCCUGUAGCUCCUCCCCACCAUCGAAACUCCUCCUGACCACCAGAGCUCCGCUCGGCUGCCACCGGUGCGCCGCUCACUCGCCACCUCCGCCUGCCAGAGCCACCAGACUGCCUUUUUUGCCUCUUUCAGGGGGGGCACCAUGGGGCCCCUGCCAUGUUGUAGACCCUGCAGGCCUGUACAGUACCGCUGGCGAUUUUUCCUCUGGCCCCCAAGCUCAGCCUGGCUCUGGCCAUCUACACCACCGCUCGCCAGCCUCUGGCCUCCCUACCGCCUGCCACCGGCCUUCCCGCCUAUGGUUCAGCAGCUCUCGCGCGGCCUAUGGCCCCCGCCACCGUCGCUCCGCUCCCCGGCCGCCACCUGCAGUGCCGCCCCGCUCCCCGACCGCUGCCUGCAACACCGCCUCACUCCCCGGCCGCCACCUGCAGCUUCUCCCCACCACCGGAACUCCUCCCGACCACUGGAGCUCCACCCGACUGCCACCGGUGCGCCGCUCACUAGCCACCUCUGCCCGCUAG